AGUACACACAAUACACACAUAAUCAGAAGCAAAUGUGUUGAAAAGAUCAGAAAUGGUGAACAUACUGUUACUCGCUCGGCUACAAUCCGCAGCAUUGUCAGCACGGCAUAUUUUCACGACCGCCAUCCGUUCUAACAAGUUCGUAUGCGGCGCAAACAAGUGUCUCGGAUCAUUACAAGGUGCACAACGCAAUGGUAAGUGUUUACACAUCAAUAACUAAUUAAAAAUAAGCAUUGACCUGCAAAAGAGCACGCAGAUAGGCAUGACAUUACGCACGUGCGUGAUUGCAAGGCAAAUAGCCUCUGUUAACGGAGACCAAGAUUUUACACUUAUUUAUAACUUUAAAGUAGCUAUAUUGAGCAUAUGUUUAACUCUGCUGCUUGAUGAUCUCUGCUGAUUGAUGGUCUGUGCUGUUUGAUGGUCUCUGCUGAUUGAUGGUCUCUGCUGAUUGAUGGUCUCUGCUGUUGGAUGGUCUGUGCUGUUUGAUGGUCUCUGCUGAUUGAUGGUCUCUGCUGAUUGAUGGUCUCUGCUGUUGGAUGGUCUGUGCUGCUUGAUGGUCUCUGGUGCUUGAUGGUCUCUGCUGUUUGGAGGUCUGUGCUGGUUGAUGGUCUCAGGUGCUUGAUGGUCUCUGUUGCUUGAUGGUCUCGUUGCUUAAUGGUCUCUGCUGUUUGGAGGUCUGUGCUGGUUGAUGGUCUCUGCUGCUUGAUGAUCUCUGUUGCUUGAUGGUCUGUGCUGCUUGAUGAUCUCUGCUGGUUGAUGGUCUCUGCUGCUUGAUGGUCUCAGCUGCUUGAUGUCCUCUACUGCUUGAUGGUCUGUGCUGUUUGAUGACCUCUGCUGCUUGAUGGUCUGUGCUGCUUGAUGAUCUCUGCUGGUUGAUGGUCUCUGCUGCUUGAUGGUCUCAGCUGCUUGAUGUCCUCUACUGCUUGAUGGUCUGUGCUGUUUUAUGACCUCUGCUGCUUGAUGGUGUGUGCUGCUUGAUGUCCUCUGCAGCUUGAUGGGCUCUGCUGGUUGAUGGCAACAGCUGCUUGAUGGUAUCUGCUGGUUGAUGGUCUGUGCUGCUUGAUGGUCUCUGCUGAUUGAUGGUCUCUGCUGAUUGAUGGUCUCUGCUGGUUGAUGGCCACUGCUGCUUGAUGGUCUCUGCUUUAAUGCCAUGCAGAUAUAAUUUGGUACUUUAAAGCCCUCUACAAACAUUCACCAUAAAAUCUCUAUAUUCAAUCAGCAACAUAUUAAAUCACAAGACUUAAAACCCAGAAACCUUAAUGCAGCAAAGAGUUUCCCUUUUAUUACAUUUUUACAAACAUGAAUAAUAUAAGGGAAUGAUAAUUGUUAAUUUGUCUCCUUAUAGUUUCUUAAGGCUGUGUUAUUUCAUGGAGUGAUCCAGAGGUGUCAUUUCAUUUUUUUUUUUUUUUUUUUUUUUGGGUGGGGGGGGGGUGGAGAAAUUUGUUGGCUUGUUAAGUUGUUUAUUACUGAAGGUGCCACAGUACAUAGCAAAUUAAAUAAAAUCUACAAAUUCAAGGGGGGUGGGACUAAUGCCCCACCAUGCCCUACCCAAAAAACGCCCAUGGAGUGGUCAAUAGAGAUAUGUUAAUUUUUGUUGUAAGCCUAUUCUCUUCAGUUGGACGAUCGUUCAAGUUAGUGUUGUAUUGAUUUCAGAGGAAAAUGUGGAGACCCCUCAGCUAAGACGCUCUCAGGCUCAAAGUAUUUGGAGCAUCUUAGAUCUCACGAGCCCCACAUUGGGUCAGCUGGACAAAAGUAUCCAGGCUCAUGUCCGUUACAAGAUCCUACCACCAGAUUCAAAUGGACAGGUCAGAAAAUGCAACUAUGUAAAGCAAAGAACUCUUUUGGUUUUAUUUUAAAUAGAAAAUAAAGGCCAGAUAAUUGAUUGACUCACUUACUCCUAGGUAUCUGAAUCAACAUCUGUUUACAUUAACUCACUGACUCCUAGGUAUCUGAAACAACAUCUGUUUACAUUGACUCACUGACACCUAGGUAUCUGAAACAUCUAUUUACAUUGACUCCUUAACUCGUACAUAUCUGAAUCAACAUCUGUUUACAACAACUCAUUAACUCCUAGGUAUCUGAUACAACAUCGGCUUACAUUGACUCCUAGGCAUCUGAAACAAAUUCUGUUUAUAUUGACUCCUAGGUACUCGAAACAAUAUCUGUUUACAUUGACUCAUUGACUUCUAGGUAUCUGAAUCAACAUCUGUUUGGCCUUCUCAUCCCAAGAUCCACCAGAGAGUGACACUCCUGAAUGGUUUACUUGGCUGUGGCCGUCCUUGUCUCCUGUCUUAUAUCAAGCAUAGACUUGGACCAGCUUCACUGAACUAUGUCGGGCUCAACAUCGUACCCUCCCGCACCUAUGUAGACUUGCCUGUAAGUUUCAAACGUCUCAUAAGACUUUUCAUUCUUUUUAUUUCGAUUUAUGCAAUGCACAUAGUUCAAUAAUGAUCUUAAUGUCUUUUCUUAUUAAAUUUGUUUUGUUGAAUUAGGAAACUUUUUGUUUUUUAGCUGAAGUCAAGGAUCAACCAUUUUUCAUUUAACUUUCUUUACUUAUAGUUGGAGACGGUUCUGAAAAAUGUAUCGAAACUUAUGAAAAUAUCACUGAAAUCGUCGAUGAAUUUACCUGAAACUGAUCUCUAAUUCCCAAAAUAAAUGUACACGCAAAUGGAUCACAUCAAUAGUACUAUCAGUCUAAUUUUUAAAAAAAUGUUAUGACCCUGUCCAAUUUUAAGACAAGGGUUCAUUCUUUUUUCUUCUCUUUAAGCACUAAAAAGUGUAACAGUUUUUUUCAAAACGCUUAAGACAGAACCCUUUAAAAAUAUUGUUUGUUGUUGUUGUAUGAGUAGCUUUAUACAGCUCAAAGUGUUAUAACCUAACAGGUUUUUACUUUUGUACCCUUAUUUCAAGAAUGGAGAAAAAAAUAAAGUUUAUUGUUACAGGAUAUGCCCUACCCAAGGGACAAGGCUGGAUACACUUUGACCUGGGAUCUGGGGAGAGAAGACAAGAAAAAAAUUCAAAGCAUUGCAUGUGAUGAGCUGCAAGUCCUCCUUAAAAGAGCGGAAGUUCCUUUCACGUUAGUUAAAUCUUGGAAAAAAAUUAAAGGUUUGAAUUUCUAUUUUUAACUUUCUAAUAAUUUUAUUACAUAUAAAUAUCUAGCUUUUUCAAUGAUUUUAAAUGUGGGUAGAAAAAGUUAGCCCCAGAAACACACAAAAUAUACACAUAGUGAGACAGACAAAAUGACAAACAAAGACUGCUCAUAACACGGAUAAAAUAGAAAAAGAAAAUUGAUUAUAAACAAUUGAAAAACUGCUGGAUAAACAAUUUGCCUGCCCAAAUAAUGGGACUACCCAAAGAAAGGGACUACCCAAAGAAUGUGACUACCCAGAUAAUGUGACUACCCAAACAAUGUGACUACCCCGAUAAUGUGACUACCCAAAGAAUGUGACUACCCAAACAAUGUGACUACCCCGAUAAUGUGACUACCCAAAGAAUGUGACUACCCAAACAAUGUGACUACCCCGAUAAUGUGACUACCCAAAGAAUGUGACUACCCAAACAAUGUGACUACCCAAACUUUUUGACUACCCAAACAAUGUGACUGCCAAAACAAAAUAACUGCUCAAACAAUGUCAUGGCCUUCACAACAUGACUGUCCUUGGUGUUUUGCUGUAUUUUGUAUGUUUGCUUGUUACUGCCCAAACAAUGUGACUUCUGAAACAAUGUGACGCCCAAACAAUGUGACUUCUGAAACAAUAUGACUGCCCAAACAAUGUGGCUGCCCAAAAUAUGAUUGCAAAAACAAUGUCAUUGCCGAAACAAUGUGACUGCUCAAACAAUAUGACUGCAAAAAAAGGUGAUUACCCAAAAACAGCAACUCUCUGCCACUGUUUGUAUUGUAGAUAAUGAACAACAUAUCUAUAAAACUCCCAUUGAGUCUCUCGUGGCAAGAGAUGUCAAGUUUAAGCGGAUGGAUGACACACACCUACAAGUUCCAGCCGUCAUCAAAUGGGUAUGACAUUGUUGGGUUGUUGUGGUCUAGGUUGGAUCUGUUAGCCGUCAUCAAAUGGGUAUGACAUUGUUGGGUUGUUGUGGUCUAGGUUGGAUCUGUUAGCCGUCAUCAAAUGGGUAUGACAUUGUUGGGUUGUUGUGGUCUAGGUUGGAUCUGUUAGCCGUCAUCAAAUGGGUAUGACAUUGUUGGGUUGUUGUGGUCUAGGUUGGAUCUGUUAGCCGUCAUCAAAUGGGUAUGACAUUGUUGGGUUGUUGUGGUCUAGGUUGGAUCUGUUAGCCGUCAUCAAAUGGGUAUGACAUUGUUGGGUUGUUGUGGUCUAGGUUGGAUCUGUUAGCCGUCAUCAAAUGGGUAUGACAUUGUUGGGUUGUUGUGGUCUAGGUUGGAUCUGUUAGCCGUCAAAGUUUACAAUAAAACUACUACAUCUGUACUUUAGCCAUCACAAUAGUACAUCUGUACAUAAGUCACCACAAUCGUACGUCUGUACAUUAGCCACCGCAAUAGUAUAUGUGUACAUUUGCCACCACAAUAGUACAUCUGUACAUUAGCCACCACAAAAGUACAUCUGUACAUUAGCCACCGCAGUAUAUCUGUUGCCAUUAUUAUAGUACAUCUACAUUAGCCAUCACAAUAGUACAUCUGUACAUUAGUCACCGCAGUAUAUCUGUUGCCAUUAUUAUAGUGCAUCUACAUUAGCCAUCACAAUAGUACAUCUGUACAUUAGCCACCGCAGUAUAUCUGUUGCCAUUAUUAUAGUACAUCUACAUUAGCCAUCACAAUAGUACAUAUGCACAUUACCAAUCAUAAUGGUACAUCUGUACUUUAGCCAUAUCAAUAGUACAUGUCUACAUAAGCCAUCGCAAUAGUACAUAUGUACAAUAGCCAACACAAUGUUGCUUUUGUACAUAAGCCAACACAAAUAGUGCACAUUUUCUGCCUCGGCUUUGUGAGAAGUGCACUUUAAGCAAGAUAUAAAGAAAGGGCACAUACAUUUGUCUCUUUCUCCUUCGUAGCCAUCUGAAAAUUAUCCACCCAACCCAUGAAAUCUAAUCAAAUACAUUUCAGUCACAGGUUGUGUCAACACAAACAAUUCGACUUCCUGUUACAACAAAAUUUGAAAUCUAGUCAGUGGCGUUGUUAGACUGUUUGGAGCCCUGGGAUAAGAAACAUUUGUAUGCCCCCCCCCCCCCAAUAAACUCUGAAACCCAUUCUUUUCAUUAAUAAAAUAUCAAACAUUUCCAUUUCGGACACGUCUGGCAACCGGGACAUCAUUUGCUACGAUACUACAUCUAAUAUUAAUAAAACUUGUCUUUUUCGUGUAGUUUAUUUUAUAUGCUUUUUCAUUAAUGCCUCAUCCGCCAUUUCCCUUCUCAAUCCCUCUAAAGAUGGGACUCUACAUACAAGAACACGGAAGAACUGAGGGAGAAGUCCUCAAGAAAAAUUUCGGUUUUACUGCUAUAAAGGUCAGUGUGAGAUCAGAGUUAGUUUAUAGCAUCCACAUAAUAUUACGGUUAAUUAAUGAUGGUGGUUGGGCCGUGACUGCCUAUGUUGCCUGCUGCUCUUCUAGAAAGACAUUCUUCAAGGAAAAGUAACUUCAUUCUUACAUUGGUAGCACCCAUCUCUUUCACUCGUAGUGUCAUUGUUGAGCACUCAUCUCUUUCAAUUAUAUUGUAUGCAUGUAUCACUGGUUUCUGUCACUUAUAUUGUCAUCGUUUAACACUGAUCUCCAACACUCAAAUUGUCUUCUUUUGAAUCUCCUACUCUCCUUGCUAUAUCCACAUAGUGUAGUUUACAGGUCCUAUGAAGAAUUGCAUUGGUCAAUGAGCAAAGUGAUUCAAACUUGAUUUUCUCCUAAACUUGGUCAAUUCCUAAACUUUAACAUUUCCUAAAUUUUGUCAAUUCCUAAACUUAGUCAAUUCUUACCUUGUUCAAUUCCUGUUUUAUGUUAUUGAUGAUGCGGGUUGGGGGGGGGGGGUAUUUUUACUAAAUGAAAAAAAAAGACCCCUUUAAGUUAUGUUUGAAGAUACAAAUUACAGUCGAUUAAAACUAAUGCAAGAGUAAUGUUGUAUGACUGCUGGGUAGACACGCUAAUGUUGUAUGACUGCUGGGUAGACACGCUAAUGUGGUCUGACUGCUGGGUAGACACGCUUAUGUUGUAUGACUGCUGGGUAGACACGCUAAUGUUGUAUGACUGCUGGGUAGACACGCUAAUGUUGUAUGAGUGCUGGGUAGACACGCUAAUGUGGUCUGACUGCUGGGUAGACACGCUAAUGUUGUAUGACUGCUGGGUAGACACACUAAUGUUGUAUGACUGCUGGGUAGACACGCUAAUGUUGUAUGACUGCUGGGUAGACACGCUAAUGUGGUAUGACUGCUGGGUAGACACGCUACUGUUGUAUGACUGCUGGGUAGAUCCGCUAAUGUCGUCUGACUGCUGGGUAGACAUGCUAAUGUUGUAUGACUGCUGGGUAGACACGCUAAUGUUGUAUGACUGCUGGGUAGACACGCUAAUGUUGUAUGACUGCUGGGUAGACACGCUAAUGUUGUAUGACUGCUGGGUAGACACGCUAAUGUUGUAUGACUGCUGGGUAGACACGCUAAUGUUGUAUGACUGUUGGGUAGGCACGCUAAUGUUGUAAUGACUGUUGGGUAGGCACGCUAAUGUUGUAUGACUGCUGGGUAGACACGCUAAUGUUGUCUGACUGCUGGGUAGACACGCUAAUGUUGUGUGACUGCUGGUUAGAUAGACACGCUAAUGUUGUCUGACUGCUGGGUAGACACGCUAAUGUUGUGUGACUGCUGGUUAGACACGCUAAUGUUGUGUGACUGCUGGGUAGGCACGCUAAUGUUGUCUGACUGCUGGGUAGGCACGCUAAUGUUGUCUGACUGCUGGGUAGGCACGCUAAUGUUGUGUGACUGCUGGUUAGACACGCUAAUGUUGUGUGACUGCUGGGUAGGCACGCUAAUGUUGUCUGGCUGCUGGGUAGGCACGCUAAUGUUGUCUGACUGCUGGGUAGGCACGCUAAUGUUGUCUGACUGCUGGGUAGGCACGCUAAUGUUGUCUGACUUCUGGGUAGACACGCUAAUGGUGUCUGACUGCUGGGUAGAUAGACACAUGCCAACAGAAGUGAUUCAUGCUUGGUGCCAGUAAAAUUUUCGGUUCCCAUGCUCAGUUCAGUUUUUACUCUAUCCAAAAAUAGGUGAACUACAGCCUGAAAGGUCAAAUCUAUUUCAUAUUACGUUAAUACUGAACUAUUUCGAAUCAUCUUUCUUUUUUGUACAGCACACCAUUACAUCACAGACCUUACGAUACACCUUUGUGGCACAAACCAUUGUGGCACAAACCAUUGUGGCACAAACCAUUGUGGCACAAACCAUUGUGGCACAAAUCAUUAAUAAACUUUGAUUACCGACCAUGACAUUUAAAAAAAAACAUGAUUUCCAACGAUGCUUUGUGUCACGUGACUACCCUCCCUUUCUUUUCUUCCCCAGGAUUUUAUGGAAUAUUUAGAGGGACAUUUUUACUUAGAACCAGAAUCAUUUACAAUAAAAAAUCGGAAUUAUACCGUUGGCACUGUCGGAAGUGCCUGGAAAUUUCUCUUCCUUGAACUCCCUGUUCCGUUGAUGUCUUCACCAAAAAUUGAGUUCUUCCCCGAAAUUUACGGUAAGUCGACACGCUUGGUGUGUUUUUGAGUUUGGUGUGUUUCUGGAUUUGUGUGUUUAUGUGUUUGGUGAAAGAACGACACAUGUUCAAACUUGUUUUGAAUUUCUUUCACCACUGAAAAAAUCUUUUUGGUCUUUUAAAAUUAUUUAACAUUGUAAUUCAAAUAUGUCCGAUAAUCACUGAAGUCCAAUAGAACAUCUCAAGGUUAUCAAAAUAUCAGUGGUAAAGGAUGAUGUAUGGAUGGGGUGAUAGGAAAGUAAGAUGGAUGUGGUGUAGGGUGAUAGGAAAGUAAGAUGGAUGUGGUGUAGGGUGAUAGGAAAGUAAGAUGGAUGUGGUGUAGGGUGAUAGGAAAGUAAGAUGGAUGUGGUAUAUAUUCUACAGUACAGAAAAUUAAACAUGAAAUGAGGACAUAUAGUCUCUGUGGCAGUGGCAAAGAAAGUUGAUGGAUGGGGCAGUGGCACAGAAAGUCGACCGAUGGGGCAGUGGCACAGAAAGUCGACCGAUGGGGCAGUGGCAAAGAAAGUCGACCGAUGGGGCAGUGGCACAGAAAGUCGACCGAUGGGGCAGUGGCACAGAAAGUCGACCGAUGGGGCGGUGGCAAAGAAAAUCGACCGAUGGGGCAGUGGCACAGAAAGUCGACCGAUGGGGCAGUGGCACAGAAAGUCGACCGAUGGGGCAGUGGCACAGAAAGUAGACCGAUGGGGCAGUGGCAAAGAAAGUCGAGCGAUUGGGCAGUGGCACAUAAAGUCGACCGAUGGGGCGGUGGCACAGAAAGUCGACCGAUGGGGCAAAAGCAGAGAAAAUCGACCGAUGGGGCAGUGGCAAAGAAAGUCGACGGAGGGGGUUUAGGGAAAGAAAAUGAAUUGGAUUUGUUGCAAAGGUAGAUGGAUUGAUAAGGCAACGACACAUGAAGAUGUAUGGACUGGGCAGUGGUAAAUGAUAAUGGAUCGAUGGGGCGCUAGUAUAGGAAGAUGAAUUGAUGGACAGUGAAAGAAAGAUAGAUGGAUGGGAUUGUCGUUGGCAGUCAAGUGGCAAAGAAAGAUGUAUGUGUGGGGCAGUGACAGGAGAAGAUAGAUGGAUAGGACAGUGGUAAAAGAAGAUGUAUGGAUGGAACGCUAGCAAAGGAAGAUUGAUGUGGCGUACACCUUACAAUGUGGCAAAUUGAAUAUUAAAUUAGGAUAUAUAGUCUCUUAGGCAGUGGCGAAGAAGGAUGGAUGGAUGUGGCAGAGGCAAAAAAAAAGGUUGGUGGAUGGGGUAGGACAGUAAGGAAGAUGGAUGGAUGGGGCAGUCCACGCUGGCCAGCCUUUUUUUUUAUUUAGGCCAACCGCAGAAGUUGUAUUUUUGCUUCAAGGUGGCGGCAAGAAUAUUGGAAAAGGUGGGACUAACUGUAGUUACGCCACUGCUCUGUGAUAUAGGAAAUGAAUUAGAGCUUAAAAAUGAAAGAUAAACUUUAUAAUAAAUUAUUUCAUCGUUUUCUUAUUCACAGGGCUUCCUAUUAAAGACCAGGUGGAUAUUUUAAAUUUGUUUAUUCUGACAAUGAAUCCAGCACAUAUCGAUACUUUAGUAGUAAGUUGAAAAUGAUUACAGCACGUAUCGAUACUUAAGUAUUAAGUUAACAAUAAACACAGCACAUAUCGAUAAAAUAGUUUUAGUUGGCACACAUCGAACCUUAAGUUGUAAGUCGACAAUGAAUACAGCACAUAUUGAUACUUGAGUUGUAAGUUGAUAAUGGAUGCAGCACAUGUCGAUACUUGAGUUGUAAGUUGAGAAUGAAUACAGCACAUAUCGAACCUUAAGUUGUAAGUUGACAAUGGAUACAGCAAAUGUCGAUACUUAAGUUGUCGGUUGAAAAUGAAUCCACCGCAUAUCUGUACAUUAGUUUUAGGUUGACAAUGGAUCCAGCACAUCUUAAUUCAUGAGAUUUGAUAAUUGUAGUAAAGUCUGGAUGUUCUAAGAUAUGAUUUAACCUCACUUCUAAUUGUGAUAUGAAUUAGUCUUUGGGAAAUAUUUUGAUUUCUGCAUGAUGUUAAAUCGUGUAGGACAUUUAAGUCACUGAAAAUUCAUGGUUAUCUUCCAAAUAAUAUCGUUUAGUUAAACCUGACUGCUCGCUACCCAGGAGGUUGGUUAGGUAAAUAGUACAUGGUGCUUGUUAAAAAGAAGAUAGAUGUUGGUAAUUGUUGUCCAGCCCUUACUAUCCAGUGUUAGACACGUUUUUGCACUAAAUGUUAAGGAAAGAACAGUGAUUGUUAUUGUUUCUGAAAUUUGAAGCAUCUUAAGAUUUUAAUUUUUGUAUUUCCCAUAAAUGUUAGCUAAUUUCAUUGAUUAAUUCUCCCAACAUAAAAUGCUUAAUCAAAUAACAAUAACUUUGGUGUUGAUUCUGAAUUCUUUUACCACUCCUAAACAGUAUGUCGUCACGAUCUUGAAUCAUCUCACACAAAUACCAGAGACAAAAAUGACUGCGUCUGAUUUCGGUCAAGUCUUUGGGCCGGUAUUAUUUAAAAAGCUGCCUUGGAAUAUGGACGCGCAAGAGAAAGAAACGAAACAAAUCCAAUUAAAUUCUGCCACAAGGAUGAUGAUUUACUACAGUCAGCGGAUGUUUGUUGUAAGUCAGGCAAUCAUUGGUUUUUAAAAAAAAACUGAAAACUUUUAUUUUCUUUUUCAAUGUUGUCGUUUUAACAAAAAAAAAACAAUACUAUUUUGUUAUGCUAUAAAAGCUAAAUGACUUUCUGGCAGUCUCCAAUGUAUUUAUUUAAGAAACAAUUCAGAAGAACGAGUUUAUAAAAAAAUAAAUCAAAUUAAAUCAGGUUUUUACCACAUGAAUUUAUUUUUUAGUUGACUUUGCAAGCUUACAAGCUAUUGGCUUAAAAUCCUUAACCUUAUUAUGAGGUCAUAAACCACAAGACAUAAGCACCAUCUAGAAAAAUUGCUUUGUGACAUGUGCAUGUACAUACAAUAAAGAGGUCAUUUCAAAGAUGUUAAAAUGUUCCUAUUAUUAGUACUCUCUCUAACACAGCCGAGCCCACGUGUAUUUUUGCUUCAGUUAGGAGGUUACAUGUGUGCCGCUAUCUGUAAAGUUAAAACAUUAUUUUUCAUCAAUGUAGUGCCCCUUUCCCAUUGUUUCCCUGAGACAAGUUGUCUCAUGCUUAUUAUAGUCCUGUUCUCUAAGGUCCUUCUUGUGUUAAACCAGUGGUUCUCAACCUUUCUAGUGCCGCGACCCCUUAAUACAGUUUCUCGUGUCAUGGCGACCCCCAGCCACACAAUUAUUUUCGUUGGUACUUCAUAGCUGUAAGGAUAUAUGUUUUCAGAUGGUCUUAGGCGACCCCUGGAAAAGGGUCCCGUGACCCCCAAAGGGGUCACGACCCACAGGUUGAGUACCGCUGUGUUAAACUCUCUCGACCACAGCAACAUUGGUCCCAGUAAUUCCACUGAUUUUCAAAUGUAUUUCUGGCAAUACAUAAUCCCAAAAUCCUUCACCCUCUCUUGGCCAGGUACCACCUAACAUUCUAACCAAACUAAGAGAAAAUUAUGAUCAAGAAAAUAAGUCGAAGAGUAAGUCAGUAAGUAUUUUUAUUUAGUCAAGUGCAUUUUAUAAUAAAUAUUUUCCUUUAUAUUUUUAGGGAAUACAUUUUUUUAAAUUGUUUACUCGUCCAAGAAGACAACAACCAUGCAUAUCUCAUCCAUUAGUGUUCCUCAUAAAUUAAACAUCUGCUCGUGAUAGAAAAAGAAAUGAGUAGCAUAACCUAGGGGGGGGGGGGAAAGCUGAAAAAUGGCAGAAGAAAACAAACGGACUUAUUGCCAGAAAGCCUUCGUCAGCGAGCAGAAACAAGUAACAAAAUAAAAUAAGCUAAAAUUAUUUAUCUGAUGCUGUAGAGCAGCAGCUGUCAGCCCAGAAGCUUGGAAACAAGUAACAAAAUAAAAUAAGCUAAAAUUAUUUAUCUGAUGCUGUAGAGCAGCAGCUGUCAGCCCAGAAGCUUGGAAACAAGUAACAAAAUAAAAUAAGCUAAAAUUAUUUAUCUGAUGCUGUAGAGCAGCAGCUGUCAGCCCAGAAGCUUGGAAACAAGUAACAAAAUAAAAUAAGCUAAAAUUAUUUAUCUGAUGCUGUAGAGCAGCAGCUGUCAACCCAAAAGCUUGGAAACAAGUAACAAAAUAAAAUAAGCUAAAAUUAUUUAUCUGAUGCUGUAGAGCAGCAGCUGUCAACCCAAAAGCUUGGAAACAAGUAACAAAAUAAAAUAAGCUAAAAUUAUUUAUCUGAUGCUGUAGAGCAGCAGCUGUCAGCCCAAAAGCUUGGAAACAAGUAACAAAAUAAAAUAAGCUAAAAUUAUUUAUCUGAUGCUGUAGAGCAGCAGCUGUCAACCCAAAAGCUUGGAAACAAGUAACAAAAUAAAAUAAGCUAAAAUUAUUUAUCUGAUGCUGUAGAGCAGCAGCUGUCAACCCAAAAGCUUGGAAACAAGUAACAAAAUAAAAUAAGCUAAAAUUAUUUAUCUGAUGCUGUAGAGCAGCAGCUGUCAACCCAAAAGCUUUGAAAGGCAACUUUCAUAGUGAAUAAACCAUAUGGGGGGCCGCAUGUCCUUACCCCUGAUAUUAAAUUAUUUCAAUAAAUUACCACCUAACUCUGCAUAGAAUUUUUUAUCCAUGCUUAGAGCACAUAAAGAAAUGCUAAAUAACAUAACUAAAUACAAUUAUGUGGUUUCAUUUGUUAUGUCAUCUAACUCAGUGUUUCCCAAACUGUUAAGUUUCACGGAGUGGUGGACACGUUUCGAAACUGCAUCAGGGACCGGUGCCAGAUUUAUUAAUUACAUUUUCUUUCUAUUUAAACAUCAAUAUUCAUGCUCUCUGAACCGGUCACGUAAGGCUUGCGGACCGGUGCCGGUCCACGGACCACCGUUUGGGGAACACUGAUCUAACUUAUCUUUUUAAAAUCGACUAUUUAGUCAAUUAAAUGACAUAUCAUGAAUAUAAUUAUUUGUGAUAAGACAGUCAUCAGCGGGCAAAACUAUCUGAAAUAGCGGGCCACAUGAUGGACUUCCCUCUUGUAGAGAGUUUUUCACUUUUGUAGAAUAGAUUGCAAUGUUUCUAUAGUUGACAUAUGUGUUGAACACAUUCCAAUGUCUAUAGCUAGCAAUUCUGUAUAGAAUGAUUGAAUAUUUAUCACUGCUAAGAUCUAACUAUUUCUAUACAUGGUUUUAUUUAAAGAUAUUUCCCUGGUCAAAAAAGAAGGAACAGGAAGAGGAACCAGUAGCUAAACCUGAGGUAGGUAAACUUGAUCAUUGGCAACUAUAUCAACUUUGAUACAUCAAGCAAUAACAACUUUAAUACAUCAAGCAAUAAUAAAUUUGAUACAUCAACAAAAACAUCAAAUAAGGUUUUUAUUUUUGAAUAUCUUAACACUCUCAUAUUUAGUUGAUUUUCUUAGAUAAGGAAUCCAGGUGCACCUACUGUAAUAAUAGACACAAGCUUGGGUGUGCACAUGCAUUUCACAUGAAGUAAUAGUAGAAAUAGUAGUAGUAGUAGUUUGAGCAGUAGUAGUAAUAGAAAUAGUAGUAGUAGUAGUCAUGCUUGGUGCCCGAGCGGUCUACACUAAUUCUAUCCUAAGCUUGUGGACUGGUGUUAAAUCCCGUGAGAUAGGUUAGACAAGCAAAGUCCCUGUAGAAAUGAUUUUGUCUCAGUAUGCCAAGAAAAGUAUGCUCUCAUACUGUUUGGAAUGUUCUAGAAUCUUCUUUCACAAUUAUUAACCCGAACUUUAAACAAUAAAACACAAACACACAUAUAAAGUCUCUGAGCAACAAAACACACACACCAUAUCCUGAAAUUUGAUCGAAAGAAAUUUCGUUGAUGUUAAAUUGAUUGACAGAAAUUUGAUAGAGCGGAAAUUUGGUCGAAUCUUUUUUUCAGUUCACACGUUAAAAUUUAGCUUCAAAUUUCUUUUUGAACGCAUUAUUUUCUUUUACUACAUAGUAUAGUGUGUUCAAAACGAAAUUUGACGAAAAUUUUAAUUCGUUAACUGAAAAAAAAAAAAGAUUUGACCAAAUUUCUGUUCUAUCAAAUUUCGGUCGAUCAAUUUUCCGCCGACGAAAUUUGAUUCGAUUAAAUUUCCGGUAACCCACACACACACUUAUGAAGUUUCUGAAUAACAAAACCACACACACUUGUGAAGGCUCUAAGCAAUUAAGCACACGCACGCACACUUGUGAAGUAUUACACCAUGGUUUAUUGAAACGAUUUACAGAAUGGUUCAUUGAAACGAUUUACAGGAUGGUUAAUUAAAACAUUUACCGAAUGGUUUAUUGAAACUAUUCACAAGAUGGCUUAUUGAAACUAUAUAUAAGAUGUUUUUUAAAAUUGUUACAAGUCCGAAUUUGUUCUAGGGUCGACCAAAGAACCUAGACAUUCAGGUCUUUGAUGUGGCAGCCAGUAAAACAGAGACUAUCACCAUUGAUGGUAGUACAACAGUAGGAGAUGUGCUGUCAAUAUAUCAUGGCAGAAGACCGUAAGUUAUUUGUGUUAGUUAAAAUAUUGGCCAACUUUUCAUUGCUUACUUAGAAACUAUGAUCAUGUUAUACUAAAUAAAACACAUUGUGACGUUUAAAACGAUUUGUCGAUAAUUUUGUGUGCUUCAUUUUAAUAUUAAACAUGGACAGCAUUCACAAACCUCUCUCCUAUCUGGAACAUGGCCAGCAUUUACACAUCUAUCUCCUAUCGGGAACAUGGCCAGUAUUCACAUAUCUAUCUCCUAUCUUGAACAGGACCAGCAUUCACAAUAGUGGAACAUAGGAGACAAUAUAGUUAAACAGUUUAGAACAGUCGUAGAUAGCUGACAGUUAGUAAACACUAUAGAAUAACUUUUUAUUUGAGUAAUAAAUAUAUUUUAUUUCAUCAUUGAACACCUGGAGUUUAAGUUGUUGGAUUUCGUUCCAGUCUACGUUGUGCUUUUGUCUGUCUCAACGUUGUGCUUUUGUCUGUCUCAACGUUGUGCUUUUGUCUGUCUCAACGUUGUGCUUUUGUCUGUCUCAACGUUGUGCUUUUGUCUGUCUCAACGUUGUGCUUUUGUCUGUCUCAACGUUGUGCUUUUGUCUGUCUCAACGUUGUGCUUUUUUCUGUAUCUACGUUGUGCUUUUGUCUGUCCCAACGCUUAGAUACCCACAGUAUAAAUCACAGAGAGGAGCGGUCCUGUACUGACCACUACCAAGUCAACACAGUUUGUGAUAAGUCUGGACUGGAGCCCUCCUCCGUAACAACCGUUCUGUACCAAACAUGGCCAGCAUUCACACAUCUCUCUCCUAUCUGGAACAUGGCCAGCAUUCACACAUCUCUCUCCUAUCUGGAACAUGGCCAGCAUUCACACAUCUCUCUCCUAUCUGGAACAUGGCCAGCAUUCACACAUCUCUCUCCUAUCUGGAACAUGGCCAGCAUUCACACAUCUCUCUCCUAACUGGCAUUUUAUAUGAUGAUGGGUUUUAGAGCACAAUCAAACAAUUUUAAUAAUGUGACAUUAGGUUAGGUGUACCCUACAAUUUGAAUGGCUGGAUGUUUGAAAUGAGAUUUGUUGAGACAUGCCAAGACUCUGCUCAUUAGAGACACACAUUUUUAUACAAACAAAUAGCGAUGUCAAUGUUAUAACCUCCAGGGGUAAGCCGUACUAUUUGGAAGAACUCAAAAGACAUUUGCAACGCAAUCGUACGUACGUCAGACUUGAAGAUGAUGGAGGUGCUGGUGCCCAGGCUAUGGACAGAACAUUUAGUUUGUUGCAUGAAGUAGGCGGAAACAUAGGUACGAAAUGCUUUUCUGUAAAUUGGAAAUAUAAAUAUUUUGUAAAAUAUGCUGUAUUUUGUGUUAUUUUAAAUUUUAUAUUUUCUUUGAUUUCUUUGGAAAUAAGAUAGAAAUGGUAAUUUUAUUACUAUUUUGUCUAUUCCUUCCAUUUUUGAUGAUACAACAAAAAUUAUUUACACAUCUGUUUUUUUUUAUUAUUUCCUUUUAUAUUUAAAUAAAUGGCAAUUCUAGUCGCCAUUUCGAACAGCUCUAUAUUUAUUUUUUGUCUGAAAUUGCUUGUGCUAUUUUCAUCCAUAUUUUUUUGUUUCUUUUUAUAUUUUUAAAUUAUUAAAUCCUAAUUCAAAAUGUAUAUAUUUUAAGCUGUAUAUAUUCCAACAUGUGUCAGAAAAACGGAAAUUUCUUAAAUUAACCAGCCGCCAUUUUAAAAGAAAUCCGGUGACUAGAUGUUGUACAGGCAUGACGUAUUUUUUUUAUAGGUUUUUUAAGCUGUAGAUAGUGUUAUGAAUAAUUUUUAAAGAAUAAUAUAUUAAACUGUGGCUGAAGCAUAUAUACUUGCCAAAUCUUUGAAUGCUGGUUUUUUUCUCUCUCCGUGUCUUUGUCCCGUACUAGUUGCUUUUCUUCUAGAAGUCUCCUGUCUGUGGUUUCUCUGCAAAUAAGACUUUAUCCCAAUAUUUAUAGUGUUAGGAGAAAUUUGAUAGAUUUAGGGGAAAAUCCUUGGUAAAGUCAAUCAUAUCCGACAGUUGAUUUUAAACUCUCCACAAUUAUAUUUAAAAAAUAUUUAAUGUUUGAAUACAUGACAAUGAAGUGCAAUUUGUAAUUUAAAUGUAUACAGAAUUUUCUUUUUUUCUUUUUAGUGAUGCUGAUUUUCAGACAUAUAUUUAAUCCACAAACAAAAAUCUUUGUCAUUAAUGAAAAAUUGUGUUUUUAUAAAACGCAAAAGUUUAAAAAUAAAUCUGGCAUCUUUUAAGAGUUAAUCGAAUUCUUUACCCAUUUUGGCCACAACUUUUCAAGAACUAUUGGCUAAAAGGAUGGUUAUCAAAUGAAAUAAGAAUUGAACAAUUUUGAACAUCACUAUAGAGUCAAAUUUUUCUGUGAUGACUUAGAGCAGUAAAAUUAUGUGGCUCUUAUUUAUUUUGUGUGUUUUUUUGUUUGUUUGUUUGUUUGUUGUUUUUUUUUUGGGGGGGGGGGACGACAAAAUAUCUGAUAAAAGUUUUUACUUGUUUGACGGCCUCAAAUAUAGCCGCGUUUUUUUUUAACCUUUUAUAAGAGAUGGAACAUUAUUUUAAAAAAUGAGUUGAUCGAGUUAUUAAGAAAAAUUAUUGAAUGGAAAAUAUUUUUUGUUUUACUAUAGAGUCAAAUUUUUCUGUGAUGACUUAGAGCAGUAAAAUUAUGUGGCUCUUAUUUAUUUUGUGUGUUUUUUUGUUUGUUUGUUUGUUUGUUGUUUUUUUUUUUGGGGGGGGGGGACGACAAAAUAUCUGAUAAAAGUUUUUACUUGUUUGACGGCCUCAAAUAUAGCCGCGUUUUUUUUUAACCUAUUAUAAGAGAUGGAACAUUAUUAUAAAAAAUGAGUUGAUCGAGUUAUUAAGAAAAAUUAUUGAAUGGAACAUAUUUUAUGUUUGUAAUAAAUGAAAUACUAUCUGUUACAGGACAGAGAUUACUUGGCUUUGAGGUUAACAUCAUGGACAUGUUGGAGAUUAAUCCCAAUGCCAAGUUUGAGAUAAGACCGAACAAACAAGUCUUUGUUUAACAAGUCCUGUCAGAUCUGUGUGCAACAAACAAAUGUUUAUGUUGCAAGUCCUCUCAGAUCUUUGUGUCUGGAUGGAAACAAAGUAUUAUUUAGAUAUAUUGAAAUAAUUACUUUUUAUUUUAAUUUCUUAAAUUUAAUUAUUAGUUUGAAUUUUUUAUAAAUUAUGUUAAAUUAUACUUAAUCAAAUAAAAACAUCUUAAAUUUACACACAAUUUCUUUGUAUGAUAAGUUCUGUAGGCUGUUUGAAAGCCAUGAAUAUCAGAAGUAACUGUCAACAAAAGCCGAUUUUGAAUACGAAAAUAAGCGCUGGACUAAACUAAUCUGGUUUGAAUUCCUUUUGAAAUAUUUGAUUGACAAAACUAAUCAAUGUAUGUGCUCCUUGUCUUUGAUAAUGAUAUUUUUAAUAACUAAUUAAAAUCUAAUCUGGGCCAGAAAUUUUAAUAUAAUAUACAUGUAUUUAUAAUUCAUUUAUUUUUAUAUUUGUGGUAUAUCAUUCAAAAUGUUAUAUGGAGUCAUGUGAUGAAAACCGUCGUUGAGCUCACUAUGGUCUUAAUUUGAUCUGUAUUCAAUCGCUCUAUGUUCUGUACUUUUGUUGUUGAGGAUUAACACUCAGGAUUUAUACCCUACAAAAGAAUAGCAACCUUGCUUGGCUGGUGAGACAAUUCCACUCUGAGUCAGGGCCCCCCUCCCCCUAGAGUGGUUAAACUAGGCAUGUCUGUGACAAUUGCUGAGUCCAAAAGGGCCCCCCUCCCCCUAGAGUGGUUAAACUAGGUAUGUCUGUGACAAUUGCUGAGUCCAAAAGGGCCCCCCUCCCCCUAGAGUGGUUAAACUAGGCAUGUAUGUAACAAUUGCUGAGUCCAAAAGGGCCCCCCUCCCC